CCGGAACUUCCACUGGAAGAUCAUGCGGAGAGGGCAAUCAGUUCUGUUUGCUGUCGCCCUGGUAGGGUCUCUUGCUCACUUGCCAUUAUGAAGCGUGCCUUUGUCCCCGGGGAGAUUCUCCGUGCAGAUAUACAUGUCCAAAAUUCAUCCAUCCGUAAAUCCAGCAUUGUUAGCCUACAACUCAAACAGAUGUUGAUAUAUGGUGGCGUACACAGUCGAACGUUAUUGCUGUGUAAUGAGAAGGUGUGUGAGAGUUUACGACCAGGUCAGCAUAGAUUGUGGAGCAAUUUCCCCCUUCGUUUGCCAUCUACAUGCCCAUCGAAACUUUACAUGUGCAAGGUGCUUGAUGUAAAAUAUUGCAUUGCCAUAGAGGCCACAUUUCCAGAUACAGUUCUGUACGCCGCAGUGCCUGUAACUAUAGCAACCGUACCAGAAACAUCCUGCUGUCCUUUUAAGUGGAUCUAUAAGUUAAGUGAGAGACCAAUUAUAAGUGAAGAUGAAAAUGUAGACUCUUUUAUACAUGGCUGUUCUAAAAAUAUAGACAUGGAAUUUAGACCUAUGUAUAAAUAUUACGAGGAUCUUAAAGACUAUAGGAAAGACAGAGAAACAGUUUUACGUCUCCGACAAAGUCCCGGCGUAAAACGUCGUCGUGAAAAAGCCAAAUGUUUGCCGGCGGCUAAAGCCACAGUAGUAAAACUCUUGCCAGACGAGAGCGUCCAUUAUAACUCAUUUGCAUGAAGCAUUCUUGAUAUAUUCCAUUUGUCAUUAACCGAAUCGGCGUAUUUCGCAAUUUUCCGUAGCUUGUAUCUAUUGAGAAAGCGCUGAAGUGAUCUAGAUUUUCAGUUGCUCUAUGUCAGCGUUGGUGUUCUAUAGACAAGUUGACUGAUGACAUCACAUUCAAGAUAUGACACGGAAACGAACGAAAUGUUCCGAAAUAGCACAAGCUAUUGACGGAUGGAUGUUCUUAUAAUGAUACAUCAUUGAAAACGUCUGUGCAAUGUGAGAUAUGCCAAAGAUCAAAAUAUGUAGCGGUGACAUCAUUUGCGUGACUUUUUUUUACAAUUAUUAACAGUCAUUAUAAUUAUAUUUCGGUUAGAUUUUAUAUCGAUUUGUUCGUUAAUUUAUUUGUUUAUUAGUUGUUUAUUUGUUUUCUUCUUUAUUGUGGGAAUAAACUGUCACAGCGAUUUCCUAGACUUUUGGUUACAUUGUCAGAGUUUGACGAUGUUUUACAAUUUGUGAUUUACGAAUUCAGUUUAAAAAAAGUAGUAUACAUGUAAAAAGAUAUAGCAAAACCUACUUUGGUUUUCUGUAUUAAUAAGUAAAUUUUUGAUAAGUUUAGAUGAGCAUUUUUUAUAUUUUGUGAUUUGCGAAUUCAGUUUUUUUUUUUAAAAGUAGUAUACAAGUUAAAAGAUAAAGCAAAACCUACUUUGGUUUUCUGUAUUAAUACGUAAAUUAGCGGUAAGUUUAGUUGAGUUCUUUUCAUUAGUGCGUUUUCUAAAGUGAAGCAGCUCGGAGGUUUUGAGUACAAUCAGUGCAUUGGUAAAUCCAAGUUAACAUUUUGACAUAUCAGAAAAAAACUACAAUAUUUCAUUUCUAUGUACUACUUGUAAUAAAUAACAAAGGUGGUAUUUUGUUGUUGUUUUUUUUUUGUUCACAGUCGCAAUAUUUGUAAAAAGGUGUAGUUAUAUAUUUUGCAAUUCAGCAUCUUUUUAAUAUACUUAUGCAGUGUAGCUAUUCUUAAAGGGACUCCACUGAGGUUUGAAAGCCUAAAACCGUAACAUUUGAAUUUCUAACAUAAAUGAGCUGAGGCUCUUUAAACAGAAAUAUAUGCAAAGAUAGUUAAGAAAUAUAUUUUAAAAUAAAUUGAAAUAUCGUAGUUUUAUGCCUUUUUUUAGCCCGAUUUGAGUGAAAAACGUUUAACGCUUUUCAUUUUGGGUCAUUUUUUAACAAUUUGAAUAAUUAUUUUGGAAAAACGAAAUGAUCUGAAAUUUUGCACAAAGAAUAGUAUUAGUUGUCUAACCCUACACCAAAUGGUAC